AUGUCGUCCACCGACAAUGAUACUGUCGAGAAAGGGGGGUUUGUUCCGGCCGAGCCGGAGAUGAAGACGGAGGGCAGCAACAUCCUCAUCGAUCGCGACGCGGAACGGUCCUACGUCCGCAAGGUGGAUUUCUGUGUCCUGCCCUUACUGUGCCUGAGCAACCUGGCCAACGCGAAGACCGAUGGUCUGGACGAGGACAUCCACCUGGUCGGCAACGACUACUCGCUGAUCGUCCUGCUGUUCUACAUCCCGUUUGGCCUGUGCGACCUGCCAUGGAACCUGCUCCUGAAGCGCUACGGGGGGCGCAUCACCCUAUCCUUCAUGACCGUCGUCUGGGGAAUACUGGCGCUGUGCCAAUGCGCCGUCAAGGACUUUGGCGGCAUGAUCGCUGUCCGGAUGAUCCUGGGCGUCUUCGAGGCAGGCUUCUUCGCGGGCGCGACCUUCUACCUGACGCUGUUCUACACGCGCGGCGAGAUGGGCUUCCGGCUGGCGAUCAUCCAGUCGUUCGCGGUGCUGGCGUCGGCCUUCAGCGGGCUGGUCUCGUUCGGGGUGUUCCAGAUCCACGACCCGGCGGUGCAGGGCUGGCAGUGGCUCUUCAUCAUCGAGGGCUCCAUGACCUUCCUGACGGGGGUGAUCUCCUUCUUCUGGCUGCCGGGCAACCCGCGCACGGCCUGGUUCCUGAAUGAGCGAGAGCGCGCCGCGGCGACCGCACGACUGCUGCGCGACACCUCGUCGGAGGUGGACACAGGGCUGGACCUGAAGGCUGCCUUUGAGACGUGGAAGGACUGGAAGUUCCCCGUGUGGUGUGUCAUCACCUUCACGUACCCGGUCGCGUAUGCCACCGCGAUGAACUUCUUCCCUCUGAUCGUCGAACGACUGGGCUUCUCGACAGUCAAGACGAACCUGUGGACGGUGGCCCCCAACCUGGUCGGGGCGGUGGUGCUGCUCUGCGUGGCCAAGUCGUCCGACUACUUCCGCGAGCGCGCCUUCCACAUCAACUCGCGGGCGGCCAACACGGGCUUCUUUGUGGGGCUGGGCAACCUGGCGGGGGUGUUGAGCGCGGCGACGUUCCGGACGGAAUAUGCUCCCAAGUACAUUCCCACGCUGGUGGCAACGUGCUGCUGCAACGGGGUGAGCAUUGUGUUCGUGACGGGCUUAGGGCUGUGGAUGCGGCGGGAGAACGCGCGACGGGAUGCGCGCGAGGGAAAAACCUUCACGCGCGCCGAGCACCUGCGUCGCCAUGCCCUAAACCACGAGACCGGUCGCGAUGGCUACACCUGCGAGCGCUGCUCCGUGCAUUUCAGCCGCCCGGAUCUGCUGAACCGCCACAUGUCACGACACACCAAGCGCGACGAGGAGGCCGGGGGACCAGGGCUGGGGGUGCUGGAGACCCGCAAACGCACCCGCCGCGCGGGCGAUGGCUCCAUCGUCACUCGCCCCCCCAAGCGCCAGAGUCAGAGUCAGACUCAGAGUCAGAGCCAGAGCCAGAGCCAGAGUCAUCCUCGUCUCCCCAAUCCUUCCACUUCAUCCGCCUCUUCUUCCUGCUCGAUCUCCGUCACCAGCUCCCAGGACUAUGACCACCACCACCUCUCCCACGGGGCACCCGUCUCCCCACCCACCUCGGCCAGCGACCCGGCCUCGCUGGCCCUGGACGACCCCGACCCUGACCCCGACCCCGACCCGCUGCUGGCCCCGAUGAUGCCCAGCGGUCCCUUCGAGCCCUAUGUCGAGCCCAUCCCCGGCCAGUUUGACGCAGCAGAUGGCUCGUGGAGUCUGGGACUCGACAACAUGGGCGACAUGGUCAGUCUGGACACGGCCACCGACUUCAACAUGCCGUUUGCCGCCACGCACAACUACCACUGGCUGUUCGACGUCGCCGUCCUCGACGAUGCCUUCCCCCCCUUCGACCUGCCCCUUGGCCCGGACAUGAUCCCCUUCGACGACUCCAUCCCCAGCUUCAACCGUGACGGCUCCUCCGUCCUCCUCCAAGCGGCCUCGUACGUCGAGCGUGCCGAUCUCUCCACGCCGCCUCUGCUCGACCCUCUCCCGGAUCCUCUCCCCCCCACGGCCACCCGACCCCCCGACCUCCCCUCUGCUCUCGCUCCCCUCCCUCCAGUCCUACGCCGACCUCUUCUUCACCCGCUUCAACACCACGUACCCCCUCCUCCACCAGCCCUCCUUCUGCCCCGUCUCCGCGCCCCCGUCCUCCUCGCCGCCAUCCUCUCCAUGGGCGCCACCUACAGCAGCCGCGAGGCCCACCAGCUGGCCGUGGGCAUCCAUGACGCCCUCCGGAACCACCUCUUCUGCCACCCCGACUUCUCCCCGCAGCCGCCCCUCUGGGUCCUGCAGGCCAUGCUCCUGAUCGACUGCUUCGGGAAGAUGCGCGCCGGGCCGAAGCAGCGCGAGCGCGCGCAGCUGUUCCACUGCGUGCUGAUCAAGUUGAUCCGGAGGAGCGGUUGCUGCGCGAUUCGAUCGGGGGAUACCUUCCCGGACGGUGGGACCGCGGGUGGGGAUGAGGACAUCCAGGCCCUCUGGCACGCCGCCAUGCAAGCCGAACAGCGCAAGCGACUCGCCAUGCACUGCUUCAUGUGGGACACCCAGCACGCGGUGCUCUUCUCGCAGUCGCUGUGCAUGUCCGCCUUCGAGAUCCGCUCCGCCCUGCCCUGCAGUUCCGCGACAUGGGAAGCCCCCUCGGCGCGUGAAUGGGCGCGGCUGGCGGCCAUGGAAUCCCCCUCGCCCUCUGACCGGGGCUUUCUCUCCGUGCUGAAGGGGUAUAUCACCCCGGGGGCGGUGGCUCGACCACGGGAUCUGAAUGUCCUGGCGCGCACGGUCGUGCUGCAUGGGCUGAUGUCGGUGUCGGCGGAUCUGAAGCGGAGGGAUCAGACGACGCUGCGAUGCGAGGGGCCGGAUCGCGUCGGGGCGUGGACGAGGCGCAUGGGGCGGGCGUAUGAUCUGUGGAAGGUCGACUUCGACGCCGAUUGUCUGGCCAUGAAGCUGGCGCAGUCGGGCGAUCUGCCGCGCUUCACGGGGUUGAAGACGGCGGCGAAUGCCUUGUAUCGCGCGGCGCAUGUGGCGCUGCAGGUCGAGGUGCUGGAUCUCCAGAUCGCGGCGGGCGCGGGCCGCAUUCUGGGUCGGGGAGUCACGGCGCAGGAUGGCGAGAGGUCGCGCCGGGUCUUGCGUCGCUGGCUGCAGGGCGAGGCCGGGGCGGCGGCCGUGGCUGCGAGGCAUGCGGCGGCGUUGUUGCAGGACGCGGUGCUCAGUCUGCACGAUUGGGAGCAGAUGGACGCGUUUCACUUCCCCUGGUGUCUGUAUCUGGCCACGCUGGUGUGCUGGGCCUUUCACCGGGGCGGCGUCCGGGAGGAGGGCCAGGCCGGCCGCAUUUCCACGGAUCUGGCGAGUCUGAUUGUCGCCAUGACGACGUGUCCCAGUCUGGCUGAACUGGCCGCCCUCGGGGGCAAGUAUGAUACUCGGGGUCUGGUCAGGGCCAUGGCCCAGCAGCUGGCUACGGUGCGGUGGGCGGUGGUGCACGAUGCCAUGAAGGUCUUGCUGAAUUUAGCAGAUUGA